CCUCACACAGAGUGUGAUGAAUUGAGUAGACAAUGCGAAUCGGUAGACAUUUUCAGUUCUUUUAAAUUAUACUGCAUGCACGAGCCCUUGUGUAUAGAAAUGUAUUAUUACUUAAAAAAAAAUUUAGUUUGAUAUUUCAUAAAGGUAUUAUCCAGAAUGAAUGUUUUUUCCAAUUCGUGUUUGACAAGAAAUUUUGUUAAUUAUAAAAAGCUAUUAUCGAAUUUAUUAUUCUUUUGCCAAUACUAGCGCUUACUAUUCGAUGGAUUUAACCCAGAAAUGCGAAAUUCGAGAUAUGUUGGAAAAAUGAGAAAAUUGUAGUUUUGAUUUUUAUAAUCCUUUGACUUUUUUGAGGUGAAUAAUGCCCCUAAUUAUGAUUACCAGCUUGAAACAAAACUUGGCGAAUUUUUUUUUCUGAAAUUCAACAUUUCGUUUUUUUUUUUCUUGAAAUCAAUCUGGACUCGUUGCCUUUUUUCAUUUUGAAUUGAAAGACUUUGUUCCCAUAUUUUGUUGGAGAUCCAUGAAAAUAACAACUCGUAUGCAUAGCAGUUUAAUUGUGGACAUAGUAGCCCCACCUAGCAGAGCUGUGUUGUUAGAGAAAAUUUACGAUUAACUGUAAAUUCGACCCAUUUUAAAAACGACUCAACUCAGUAUUGCUUAAAAUUUUAAGUUUGAAAUCCCGUCCUCUAUGAAUUCGAUAUUUCACUCCAGUGGGAUAGAUAUUACAACUUCGAGGCCGAUAAUUGUGACCUGGGCCACCUGGUAUAUAGUUUGCUUACUGAUACGACUUUAUCUUAUUAUUCUUUGUUACUGCUUCAAGUUUUAUGUACAAACUCAUUUUCCAUCCAUUGUAUUUAUUGAAGAAAAUUUUUUGUCUUAUUAUCUUUUAUAUAUCAUCAUGUAACAUAAAUUUUUUCAUCAAAAAUGUGUUUUAACAACAUUUCAAGAUGUCAGCUGUGUAGACUUGGGCCAUGGGGUCCGGAAAACAUGUGUCAAAUGUCUCAUUUGAAAAAUGUCAAAAUUUAAAGAAUUGUUCAUAUACGACAAUUUUGACGCCAGGUUUCAUUCUGGCGAGGAAAUUUGGAACCUUAGACUCCGAUCCCCUGGUACAACUGGACCUUCCAAACAUAGCAGGGAUGCCAAAAAAAUUUAAAUGAAAUCAAUCCAAGUUUUUUUGAGUGACACAUAAUCGAAAAUGGCGUGUAAGAGAUUUGAUACACAUAAUUAAAAUGGCUGUUUUGCUUUGUAAUUGUGUGGUAUACAAAUGUGGUUUAUGGUCACUGCUGGCUUUUAGAAAUAGGGGCAUACCCAGGGGGUGAAUUUUGCAAGUUGGAAUCCUCCUUUCCCCUUUCCAAAUGUAAUUUUUUCGUAUCAUUCAUAGCAUAGACUCUUGGAAACCAACAUUUUUCUGCCGGAACCAGCUGGAUGUUACAGUCUAACUUGGCUAUAAGAAAUUGCAGAAAUUUGGUCGGAGUUGCUGAUAUUUUUUUUUACAAGAAUUAAUUUGCUUUUUUUUUUGUAAAAUCAUGAAUUUCACCAAACAGUGCAAUGGAUCAAUUGCAAAAGUAAUUUCAGAGUGUUUGUAACCAUAUAUGGGCAUCCCUGAUCUCAUGGCUCCUAAAUUUAAAAAAAAACGGUUGAAGCGUGACCAGUCGGAAUAAUCUCAUAGUAACAAGCAGGUGCUCGUGCUGCUACUUUUUAUUUUGACUAAAACAAACAUAAAAGAGUUUUAAAGAAGUAACUUUACGAUAAGACGGUAUUUUGAUUGGUCAUGCCUCAAUAAUUCUCACUAGUGGCGGAACUGUACUAAUCCUUCAUUUGUUCACUAUAUUUCAUUAUUGACAAAUAUAUGCCGUUUGUUUUUCCAGAAUAUUUAUUAAAAAUACAUAAUUACAGAGAUUGGUAUGUUUGUUUGAAUAACACUAGCAAUACUUGUGCAGAAGAGGAGAGAAAAGCAUAGAAGAAAAACCUCGUCUCGAGUUCUAAUUUGCUGCGAGUAUAGCCAGCGAUGAAAUUCAAAACUAGCGAGGUAAAUGGAGAUUCCUUAUGCUAAGCCCUUCUGUAGAUGGUUACUAUUUGUCCUCUACUGGGACUAUGUUCAGACGAACUCCAAUAUUGCGCAAUUUGAAUCCGAUUUCCAGUGCUUAUCUAUGGAAUACAAACUCAUGCUUUGGAAACACCAUGUUCGAGCUGACAUUUGCUUUAAUUCACGGAACCAAAAAUCUCUGAAACUAAAAAAAUUUCAACAUUGGCGAUUUAGUGAGCCUCUACUGCUAUCUAGUGGAUUUAAAUUUGACCCGGAAUCGAGGAAUUUCAUUCGAGAAGUCAGGAAUUCAAUAUUUUCUUUUGUGAAUCCAACGCCUAUGAAAACAGCAGUUCAACUCGUUGCAAUCUCAAGUAAUGCACUGGAAAACACUCUGGACUUGGAUACCGCUGAUUGCAAUGUUUCCAGAAGUUUUCUUGAUUUUAUCAGCGGAAACAAAGUCUUGAAUGGAAGUUUUCCUCUUGCACACAGGUAUGGAGGCCAUCAGUUUGGAUCGUGGGCCGGACAGCUUGGCGAUGGUCGAGCUCAUCUGCUUGGUGAAUACGUGAACUCAAAGAAUGAAAGAUGGGAGUUGCAAUUGAAAGGCUCCGGUCUUACACCUUACUCCCGCCGAGGAGAUGGUAGAGCAGUGCUUCGUUCCUCUGUGCGUGAAUUUUUGUGCAGUGAGGCGUUACACCACUUGGGGAUUGCAACAUCGCGUGCAGUGACCCUUAUCGUAACAGACGACCCUGUGACACGAGAUCAAUUCUACAAUGGGAAUAUAAAAAUAGAGCGGGCAGCUGUUGUUUUACGUCUUGCUCCUUCUUGGUUUCGAAUUGGUUCGCUGGAAAUAUUAGAAUCGAAUAAUGAAAUAGAUCUCUUACGGCACCUUGUGGACUUCAUUAUACAGAACUAUUAUCACAAAGAAGUAGAUUCUUCGUCCGAAAAUGAGUACGUUCAAUUCUUCGGUGCGGUUUUUAACAGAACAUUGGUGACUGUCACAAAGUGGAUGGCGGUUGGGUUCACUCAUGGAGUUUGCAACACUGACAACUACAGUCUCCUCGGAUUAACAAUCGAUUUUGGUCCAUUCGGAUUCGUAGAAGAAUACGAUGAAAAUUUUGUUCCAAACACAUCUGAUGAUGAAGGCAGGUAUUCACUUGGUAAACAACCGUCAAUUGCAAUGUAUAAUCUGGACAAAUUACGAAUCGCGAUUUUGCCUUUAUUAGACAAAAAAGGCCGCAAAAAUGUUUCUAAAAUCUUGCAUACAUUCAAUGAAAGAUAUCAAGAACUUUUGAUGAAAGAGUUUCGCAAAAAACUUGGACUUUUCAAUGAAUUUGAAAAUGAUUCUUUAUUACUUGCAUCACUGUUAUAUCUUAUGCAACAAACGAGGGCUGAUUUCACUUCAACUUUUCGCCAACUCAGUGAGUUGACUGCAAAUGAAAUGUUCGUGGACUCAAUUCCUAGUUACUUAUGGGCUUUAAAAAUUUUAUCAAGACAUGAGUACUUUUCAAAGUGGUUGGAAUCGUAUCGUUUGCGGUUAGAAGACAAUCCAGGAAGUGUUAGUGAUGAAAUCAGGAUGAAAAGAAUGUGCAGCGUAAAUCCACGCUAUGUUCUUAGAAACUGGAUGGCAGAAGAAGCGAUUCAAAAAGCUGAAAAAAACGAUUUCUCAGUUGUUCGUAAAGUAUUGAAAAUUUUGCAACGGCCUCACACAAAACAGAUAAUCGCAGAAAAACUUGGCUAUGCCAGUCCAAGCCCUGAUUGGGCAACACAUCUAAAAGUCAGUUGUUCAUCUUAGUGCAGACGUUAGCAAAAUAUGCAAGUGGAACAAGAGUUAUUGGGGUCAAAGGUCGAAUUUGAUAAAAAAAAUCAAGCAUCAGUUGUUGGAACCCCUGCUCCAAGUUUUAGAAAUUUGCCAUCAAGUCCAUGCAUCUAAGCAAAUUCUUGGGCCCAUAUCCGAUAUGAACUGGCCAAUGGGGGCUAAUAAGUGGCUAUGGUAGUCUUUCGCAGCCCCGCGUCAAUAUUGUGUGCCUUUCUAUUUCAAUUGAUCUUUUUGUUAGCAUUUCUUAUUACUUGUGUCGCUACAAUAUUUCAUGCACGACGGAAAUAAAAUAUCUGAAUCUAUGGUA